AUGACAAUUACCCCUUGGAACGUUAAAACGGAGAAAAAUCAAGAAUUGAUUGAAUUUGCAAAAAAGUCAUUGAAUUAUGCUCCACACGAUGACGAAAAUUAUCAACUCAUGAUAUCAGGUAUGCUGUACGAUCCAGCAGAACAAGAGUUGACCAACGUUCGAAUGAGGGCAAGGGAUUACUUGUUAGAUUAUGGGAAUUUUAGAUUUAGAGAUUAUAAAACUGCUGAUGACUUUGCCAAUGCCAAAAGAGACUAUCUUGCUCAGUUUAUUGGCCAUGUUGGACCAGGUACAUUUAUGGAAUAUCCCAUGUUUUUCGAUUAUGGAUUCAAUACGUAUUUGGGUAAGAAUUUUUAUAGCAAUUUCAAUUUGACCAUAUUGGAUUGCUCAGUUGUCAAGAUUGGCGAUAACGUCAUGUGCGGAACAAACGUAUCCAUAUUAACACCGGGUCAUCCAAUUGAUCCUAAUUUGAGAGUCAUUGGUGAGGAAGACAGCGAGCAAGUAUUGGAAAAUGCAUUGCCAGUAACAAUUGGUGACAAUUGUUGGCUAUGUGGCGGAUGUACUAUAAUUGGAGGAGUUACUAUUGGCGAAGGCUGUGUCAUUGGUGCUGGAAGUGUGGUUACUAGAGACGUGCCUGCCAAUUCGUUGGUUGUGGGCGUUCCUGCUAGAGUUGUGAAAACUAUGGAUCCAAAAGAUAAAUCUGUUGAUUUGAAACAGUUGAUGAAGGAAUACAAGGUUGGAGAGCAUGGAACUGCAACAUACAAUAUCAAUUAA